UAGUACUUCAAAACAAAAGGGUUUUCCAUUUCGCUAACGUAAGUGAAAGUUUCGUUAAAAGUGAUCUUAUUUGAUAGUUUAAGUGAGCUUCACUCAUCCAAUUUAAAAUGACCGCAAUCGCGCGAAAAAUCGUCGACCUUAGCGGCGACACCAAAAUCACCACCAACGUUGACGUUCUUUCGGAAAUCUUCAAUCACCCGGACCUCAAAGACAAACAAGUGUGUGUGGUUUCAAUCACCGGUACUUUCCGCCAAGGAAAGUCGUUCCUCCUCAAUUUCCUAUUGCGAUACUUAAACCUGAAGUACAAGAGCAAAUCACUAUCGUCCGAAAAGUGGUUAUCGGCUGACGGCGGUGACCUUUCCGGGUUUGCGUGGCGGUGCGGAAGCGAGAGACACACAACUGGGAUUUUGAUGUGGUCGGAAAUUUUUCUGGCAAAACUACCGUCGAACAAAGAGGUUGCUAUAGUACUCAUGGAUACGCAAGGAACGUUUGAUAAUAAAACCACCAGGCACCAUUGUGCAGCUAUUUUCGCUAUUAGUACUCUAAUCAGUUCGGUACAAAUCUACAACCUCAGGAACCAAAUCAAUCAGGCGGAUCUCGAACACUUGGAAUGCUUUUCAGGGUAUGGUCAACUCGCGAUGGAUCAAAGUUCGCGCGAAGCGCCUUUCCAGAAUCUUUGUUUUUUGAUAAGGGAUUGGCAGUACCCGUUUGAGGCCAGCUAUGGUACUGAAGGGGGCCAACACUAUUUGGGUCAGUUUUUGAACGCUGCAGAGCAACCAGAAGAACUGAGGAAGCAGAACGAGAACAUUAAAAGACUUUUCAAAAAUAUCAAUUGUUGUUUGUUGCCGCAUCCGGGGGGGAAAGUUGCCACAAAUCCCUCGUUUCAAGGACAACUAGAAGAAAUCAGUGAAGAGUUUCUUCAAACCGUCGAAGCUUUUGUUCCUUCCAUUUUAGCGCCAGAGAAGCUGGUUCCAAAAACGGUGAACGGGGAGACAAUCAAACUUGGAGAUUUGGCACAUUUUAUUCAAAGUUAUUGUCAAAAUUUUAUGAAUGACGAUAUACCCAAAUUGGAAUCUAUGUACAUGGCCACUUCCACUGCACACUACAAAGUGGUACUAACAGAAGCCCAACAACUAUACCAAAAUACCAUGAACCUUUUAGUCAAUGAGACUUCAGACAUUUUGGCUGAUGUCAACUUGCAAGCACACCACACAUUAAAAAAAUCAGAAGCUAUCGACUACGUCAAAAGCAAAAAUAUUAUGGGAGACGAAGAAAUAAAGAGGGCGUCUCUUGCAAAACUGAGUCACGAUUUGGAUGAAAUGUUCCUAUCUUAUAAAAAACUCAACCAAAUUAAAAUACAAAGAAAAAAGGAUCUUGACAAGUUUAAUAAUGAUCUUCAGUCCACGAAACAACAGUUUGACAACAAAUUGGAAAACUAUCAAGGGAUUAUCAAACAACAGGCAAGCACCAUCGAACAAUAUUGUAAAACUCAACAAGAACUCCAGCAGCAAGUAGGAAAUCUGGUUAAUCAAGUUAACAACAGACCUAAAGAACAAGUACCACUUAUCUGCAGUGUCAUGUAAAUUUGUAGAGUUUCAUAGUCUUGAAUAAAUUUUUUAAAACAACCAAA